AUUUUUAUUUUAUUUUAUUUAGACAAUUUCUACAAAUUAUAGAACAAAAAUUAAUUAUGACAGACGUAGACAUUCUGGUAUUUGGUGCUACUGCAUUUAGCAUAGUCUGGCAAGCCAAAAAAUGGCCGACCACAGGUCAAUACUUGCCCGCAACUUCAUGUACAAUGGAUAUUGGUGGAAGAGCUGCUAGUCAAAGUCUUGCUGCGGCUAAACUUGGAGCUAAAGUCGCACUCAUAACUAGGUUAGGAACUGACGAUUAUGGGAAUGAAUAUUUGGAAUGUCUACAAACAAACAAUAUUAAAACCGAGUUUGUGACAAUGUGUGACAAUGCGAGCACCGCAGUUUAUCAGAAAACAAUAACUGAAAACGGCGUUACCGAAACUUUUUUUGAUGGCGCUAUAAAUUUGUUGUGUAAAAAUGAUUUAGAAAAUGCAAAAACUUUGUUGUGUGAGGCCAAAGUAUUAAUAUGCCAACAGGAAGUACCAACGGAUUUAACGCUUUAUGCAUUGCGCAAGUUCAAAGGUAUAUCAAUACUAAAUGCAUCCCCGCAUGUUACGGUUGAUACCACAGAACUGCUAAAAUCGGCAAGCAUCAUUUGCUUAAAUGGAACGGAAGCUACACAAUUGGUUGAAAUUGAGAAUAUUGUUACCCCUAGAGACUGUAUUGGGGCUUUAGAUAAAAUAAUUGGAAAGGGCGCAAAAGCCGCUAUAAUAUUAUUAGGACCAAUUGGAUGCGUGUAUGCCUUAAACGGUCUACCAGCGCGUUGUAUACAUGUUCCAAUAGUAGGAGUUUUGAAUAUGGAAUUGCAUACAUUUACUGAUGCUUUUAUUGGUGCAUUGGCCUACUUGAUGACAAAUUAUCCAAAGGCUGAAUUUCAUCAAAAAGUUGGCGGAGCUACUGAACUCGCUGGACGUUUAAUUGAACUUGCUGAGCUUGAAAAACUCUCAGACCCGGAUAUGCCAGUUAUAAACAAAAAAUUGGAUCUAAAUAUAAAUCUUUAUACGCAAUGUUACCAAUGGGAAAAUUUAACAAGAAAUGAUUAAGACAUAGAAGUAUAAUAUAUAUUGGGUUACAUAUAAUUACAAUAAAUUUGUUUUUUAUUUAGAAUUUAUACUAUAAAAUUAAAAAAUAUUCUUUUAAAUAAAACGAAGAAGAUACCGAGAUAUAUA